CUGGUGGCAAAGUUUGGGAAUGAUAGAAAGGCUAUUGAAGAUAAUCGUGGAGAGGAACUGGAAUGCUACUGCUUUGCGGAUUACAGUAACAUUUACACGUUGUUUUCUAAAAAGCACCCAACACCAGUGCUUGGAUUCAUCAGGAUCUAUAAAGGUACGCAAUCCUGAGACAUGUCGGAGGACCUGAGCUCCCAACCCUGGUCCAUCAACAAGGAUGACUAUGAGCUGCAGGAGGUGAUCGGGAGUGGAGCUACAGCUGUGGUCCAGGCUGCCUACUGUGUGCCCAGGAAGGAGAAGGUCGCCAUCAAACGCAUCAAUCUGGAAAAAUGUCAGACAAGCAUGGAUGAGCUCCUGAAAGAGAUUCAGGCGAUGAGCCAGUGUCACCACCCGAACAUUGUGUCGUACUACACGUCGUUUGUGGUGAAGGAUGAGCUGUGGUUGGUCAUGAAGCUGCUCAGUGGUGGCUCAGUGUUAGAUGUGAUAAAGCACAUUAUUUCAAAGGGGGAACACAGGACCGGUGUUCUGGAUGAAGCCAGUAUUGCUACAGUUCUGAAAGAGGUCCUUCAGGGUCUUGAGUACCUCCACAAAAAUGGCCAGAUCCACAGGGACCUUAAAGCUGGAAACAUCCUGCUGGGGGAGGACGGGUCAGUGCAAAUCGCAGAUUUUGGAGUAAGUGCCUUCUUAGCCACUGGUGGUGACAUGACUCGAAAUAAAGUGCGGAAGACGUUUGUGGGAACACCAUGUUGGAUGGCCCCUGAGGUGAUGGAGCAAGUGAAAGGUUACGACUUCAAAGCCGACAUCUGGAGUUUUGGGAUCACAGCCAUCGAGUUGGCUACAGGCUCCGCUCCUUACCACAAAUACCCUCCUAUGAAGGUGUUGAUGUUGACCCUGCAGAAUGAUCCGCCUUGCCUUGAGACUGGAAUCACGGACAAAGAGAUGGUGAAGAAAUAUGGGAAAUCCUUGAGGAAGAUGCUCUCGUUGUGUUUGCAGAAGGAGCCAGAGAAAAGGCCAACAUCAUCAGAACUCUUAAAACAUAAAUUCUUCCAGAAAGCCAAGAAUAAUGAAUUCCUGCAGGAGAAAUUAUUACAUAGAGCACCUACAAUUACAGAGAGAGCGAGAAAGGUACGGCGAGUUCCUGGCUCCAGUGGGAGACUCCAUAAAACAGAAGAUGGAGAGUGGGAAUGGAGCGAUGAUGAACUGGAUGAGGAGAGUGAGGAGGGCAGAGCUGCUGUUGCUGCCUUACGGUCACCAAGAGUAAGAGAAGGACUCCAGAAUAUAGAGAUAUUCCAGCCUUUCAGCAGUCACCUCCAGCCUGAAAUACCUCAAGCUGCUGGCCAGGGCCCGGCCAACACUCAACACACUACAACCCCUACACAGCCUGCGCAGGCCCCAGUUCCUGGAGAUGAUGCCCCCCAGUCCCCCAUCAGCUUAGUAUUAAGGUUAAGAAAUUUGAAAAAGGAACUGAAUGACAUCCGAUUUGAGUUCAUGCCUGGCAGGGACACAGCAGAUGGGGUUUCUCAGGAACUGGUAUCGGCUGGCUUGGUAGACGGGCGAGAUUUAGUUAUAGUGGCUGCUAAUUUGCAGAAGAUAGUUGAAGAGCCUCAUUCCAAUAAAAAUGUCACAUUUAGACUGGCAUCUGGUGUUGAAGGCUCUGAGAUUCCCGAUGAUGUCAAACUCUUGGGAUUUGCUCAGCUUAGCAUUAACUAAACUUUGGCUCUGUGCGGGGACCAUGACUUGCCUACAAAUGUGAAAACAAACCAACACUACCAACAGAAUGACACAUUGAUACUUUUUCCUUUUUCAAUUGCCCCCAAGAAACCACUGUUGCCAAAGAGAAAAGUUCCAUUGCGCAGCCCCAUAGGAUUUUAAAUGGCCCACAGCAGAGUUGCACAAAGAUCGCAAUUUGUAGCAAUCCUUUAAAAUAAAGUUUACGAUUGAUUCAUCUAAGUAUGCAAUUAUCAUAAGCAGAUAUAACCUUAAUGCUCUUUUAAUGUUUCUCUUUCUUUUCCUCUUUUUUCUUUCUAUGUUUGUUCUAUUUUUGCACAAUCUGAACUGACACACAAAAAACGAAAUGUAAAAAUGCCUCUAAUAUAAGAACUGUGUGCAUGAGGAGAAUGAACGCAAAGAAACAUGGUGUUAAUAGAGGAAGUGAGUGAAUGGGUUUGCAGUAGCUAUAGCAUUUUUUUUUUUACUUGUAUUUUUUUUCUACGCCUUUAAAGUGAAGCAGCUAGCGUGUUUUAUCAAACCGCUUGUAUUAUUUACUGGGGUUUGUUUAAACCAGCUUGAUGAACAUUUACAGAAUCUGGUUUAGAAAUUCAGCCCAAAAACAAGUUUUCCAUUCUCGCCUGUUAUACUGUAUAGAGAGUCUGAUUUCUUCAAAGUACAAUAUCUUUUAUUUCAGAUAAUAAAUGAUCUAUUCGGUGUCAUUGAGCCUCGACGAACCCCCCUAAAAGCUGGUUUAUUUUGCUGCUUUUUCCUUGUUUAUUUUAUUUGUGUGUGUGCGUGUGUGCUGUGCUGUCUCAACAGGGCACAUUUGCAAAUGUUACUAUCCCACGCUGCUCUAAAAGUUAUUGCCUUAAUGUUUCUACACAUUUGCAUCAACCAUAUCUCCCUUUUUUAGAUUUCACAUGAAUUUGUGCAUUUUGGUUUUAAAUUUUGUCACUUCUGCUCAUUUUUUAAGAGUUUGAUUUUUGAAAAAGGUAGACGUACGUGAGGUACCUGAUGAAACUUUGGUGUUUGUUUGUUUUUUCUGUUCUGCUAUUGAACUCUUUAAGUAUUCAUGUGUAUUUCUGAUUUCAAUUGAACAUGUAAAUAAUGUAAUUUGCCAUUGGUUUGAUUUUAUAUAGGAUGCUUCACUCAUGGCCUUUGUGUUCUCCAUAAAUGAGGUGAUGGGAGGUGGUGUCGGUUACAAAAGAGACAUUGUGAGUUUUGUUGGUUUGUCUUAUUUGUCUGAGGGUGCCUGUAGGGGGGUCUUAGGUGGCCUUUAUUUGCCUGAUGUUUCCAGCAGGUCUGUUUUCCUUAGAACUUAUGUGAGAGGUUGUUUCUCAUUAAACAUAUCGCUACCUGUGCAAGA